CUUCUCGAGCCCUCCUGUGCUUAUCACGGACGACAAGGCUGUGAAGAGGUGUGUGAGUAGCCCGAUGGCAGUCUGCACGAUCACGAUGUCUCAUAUAGGGGGAGCACGUAACUCCCAAUGUGUAUAGUAUCAAAUUAUUCUCCUGUGGCCCGGAGCGUGCGAUUGGACGCGUUCGACUGCAAGUGGCCCAGACGCCACAGACGCGUUAGCGCCCAAAGCCAACGUGUUCGCGUCGCGCCUGAGCAUUGCGUACCUGACCCUCGCCACAGCCGCCGAAUUUUCUCCUCGUACUAUCACCGUGCCACUCCGUGCUGAACGAUUCUCUAAAUUGUUUCUAGGAAGCUACCUGAUGAAACUGCAGUCCGCGAAAUGGUCCGCCAUCGCCGGCGCCACUCGUCAGUUGGGUUUGAGUGGCGAAUUUGCAAUAUCGCAUCCUACCGCUUUUCGAGUACGUGUUCAAGCAGGUCGUUAUAGGGGGAUGGAGGAUGAGGCCUUGAGAUAUGAUCGGCGAUUCACACAACGACAGCAGGAUGGGUAUAUAUCCGCUCCAUGAAGUUUGUCCAGCUUCAACGGAGUCAUACCAGGUUAUUUGAGUGCUGCCACCGCCUGUGGCGUUCAAGUUCAUGAGUCUGUUCUGGUUCGAGCAAGAACGUACGGCCGGCAUCUAGCUUGUUAUUCUACCUUUUCCCUCUCAACAUGACCAUUCUGUGAGCUGGUGAAGGAAUACGUCUGAGUACGUCCCUACAUCUUACAAUGGUGGUAAUUUAUCUCACCCCACCUCUUGACAUACACGGGGAACGGUUGUCAUCAGGGCUGAUUGUAUCGUAGUAGUUCGCAUUCGGCGCUCUCGAAGAAAUGAG